AUGACCGGUGGCGACUUCUCUGCUGUUACUGCUCGCCGGACGACGGCUUUAGCCACUGCUUUAAUAAACUUAUACCUGACUGGAAAAAAAUACCCUUCUGGUAUAAGUUAUACCUACGCUUUUAAUCCCACAGAACCAGAAGCAGCAGCAGCAGCAGCAGAAGCGGCGAUCGACACUGAUGGAAACAAUAUGCAUUAUAGUUGCUUUUAUGGUAGAUGGACUGAAGACUAUAAAUAUCUUGAUCAUCAAACAAAGCUUUUUCUAGUACCUGAGUCAAUUCGGUUUGAAGAUUUCAUUAAACAGAUCUUUGAGCUUAUUGAAUUGGAUAGAGAAAAGUUUGAAGCAGUGAUAUGGUUUGAUAUCAACCUUGGAACAAGCAAAGGAAUGCUUGUAUCUAAAGAUUCUGAUCUUCACACAUGUAUAGAGUUGCUAAAAACUCAUUCACUCUUCAAGGGCUGUCAUUUCAUAGUUGAUAUUUCGGAAAGAGUUUUUGCAUCUACAAGCAAUGAACAUGUCAACACAGAAACUCAACAUGACAAUCAAGACAAAUGCCAACAGAUAAUGAAAAUAGAUAUGGUUGAAGCUCAGCCAUUAAAUGAAGAGGUGCUUCAAACAUUUGAUUCUAUUCAAGUAGAAGGACAAAGCAUUAUAGAGAUUGACAACGAACAAGCUUUGGGUAUUCAAGUCUUAGAGAGUGCACCGGUAAUCGAAGAAGUUGCUGAAAAAACCUCAAUCAAAGGACAUUUUGAAUUCAAGGUUGUUAGAUCAAGCUCAACAAGAUAUUCGUUGACAUGCAAUGAUGAUAGGUGUUGUUGGUGUGUGCGUGCUUUCAGAAUUAAAGAUUCAACACUGUUCAAGAUAGUAAAGAUUGAGAAAAAGCAUGACUGCUCUAUUAACACUAUGAAAGCAGAUCAAAGGCAUGCUACUUCAAAGUUGAUUAGUGGUUACAUUAUCGACAAUCUUCGGGACCCAAGAUUUGAAGUUACACCAGCUUUUGUCAUGGCAGAGAUGCAAAAAUUGCAUGGACUAGACAUUGGAUAUCACAAGGCGUGGCGUGCUAUUCAACAUGCUUCCGCUUUAAUAAGAGGAAGUACCGAAGAGAAUUAUGAAUUUUUGUCUUCAUACUUGUAUAUGAUGACAAGUAUAAACCCGGGAACUUAUACUAACAUAAAGAUAGACGACAACAACAGGUUUCUUUAUAUGUUUUAUGCAUAUGGAUCAUCAAUAGCUGGUUGGAAUCAUUGUAGACUAGUGAUUGCUGUUGAUGCAACUUUUUUGAAGUCAAAAUAUCGUGGUGUUUUAAUGAUUUCAGUUUCAAAGGAUGCAAAUAACCAAAGUUUCCCAUUAGCCUUUGGAAUAGCAGAAUCUGAAAAUAACAAUUCCUAUGAGUGGCAUCAAGCUAUUGCAAAUGGCAUUGCAAAGGUAUAUCCUGAAAGCCGUCAUGGGAUUUGCGUCUAUCAUUUGGAGCAGAACCUAAAGCGAAGGAAGGUGAAAAGUGAGGUCAUAAAACUUUUCCAAAGUGCUGCAAGAGUAUACAGGCGCAAAGAAUUUGACCUAUACAUGUCAGAUAUAGCAAAUGUAGAUAAGAAGACUUAUGACUACUUGAUGGAAGAACCACCGGAAAGAUGGGCACGUUCUUGUAGUCCACGACGAAGAUAUGACAUGCUCACAACAAACAUAGUUGAGUCGAUGAAUUCUGUCCUAUUAGAAGCAAGGGAGCUGCCUAUACUAAGAAUGAUGGAUUUCAUUCAAGUGAAGCUACAACGUUGGUUUUAUGAAAGAAGAAAUAAAGCAGAAGGAACAUUUUAUGAUGUUUCUUGUUGGGUAGAGGAGGAAUUGAAGAAAAGAAUAGAUUUAGCAUUUACUUUGAAUGUCUUCCCUGUUGAUUCAUGGCGUUCUAGAGUUGAAGAAGAAGGAAUAACUUUCUUGGUGGACUUAAACAAAAGAACAUGUGAUUGUUUUCAGUUUCAAUUUGAUGAAUUACCAUGCAUACAUGCAAUUGCAGCUAUCAAGAAGAGAAACAUCAAGAAGUCCAACUUUUGUUCGCACUGGUACUUAAAGGAAUCUUGGCUGAAAACAUAUGAAAGACAAAUACAUCCUGUAGGACAUACUGAUUCUUGGAUUGUACCAGAGAGUGUUAAGUUACAAAUUGUUAAACCUCCAGAUUUCAAAGUGCCACCAGGUAGAAGGCAAAAGAAAAGGCAUAUUCCUGCUACCGAGCCAUCAAAAAUAACAUUCAAAUGUGGUCGUUGCAGAAGAAUUGGUCAUAAUAGAACAUCUUGUAUAUAUUCUCCUGCUCUCCAUCCAUUUUCAAGAAAGCAUAGAGAAGAGUAG